UUUUUUCAUCACCGUUGCUAUUUUUUCUCGGUUUCCCGAGUCAUAAAGCAAAAACCCAGAAAGAGAGAAGUCACAAGACAGUCGCUGCACGGCAUGUGAUCGAUCAAAUUAAUAGAGAGAGUCUAUUAAAGAUCAAAACUUACAUCCAACUCCAACCUAAUUCCUCCACUCAAUUCAUCUUGCUUCCUUGUUCGACCUCAUCUAUUAAACCCUAGUAAGAUUAAGAUCCUCUCUAAAAUAUUCACAUCAAGCUCAAAAUCGAAUCUUUCCUCUGAUUUUUAUCCUCCAUUUCCGUUGUUAUAAAACUGAAUUGUGUAUGCUACUGCGUAAUUUCCUCUCCGGGAAUAUCUCAUUUCGUUUCCCUUAACCCUACCAGUAUAGUAUAUUACUAUUGUAUAUUUUAUAUUCGUUGGUCUCUUGUCUUGUCCCACUCUUAUUUGUUUAUUGAAUUUUGAGGUAAUAUCUCUAAUCUUGCACGCUAACAUCUGUUUCACUGUUCUUAUCCUCUCUUUUUUGUUGAGACAUUGAAGUUUGGAGCUUGCUGAAUUGCAGAUUCUAGAAGAAAAAGGUUUCUCUUUUACUUAAUUCUCUUGUCUUCAGAAGAAUCCCUAAUUACUUGUUUCCAUGUGGGUUUUGGAUUGUAUUAAUGGGUUUUUGUUUAUUGGUGAGAAAGGUGAGAACUUGCUUUGAUUUUUUUUGGAGCAAAUUGAUCUCACGCCUUGAAAGUGUUUGAUAAAAUGGCUCACCCGAUUGGUCCAAGACUGUAUAGUUGCUGCAACUGCAGAAACCAUGUUGGACUUCACGAUGAUAUCAUCUCUAAGGCUUUUCAGGGAAGAACUGGGCGAGCCUUCCUCUUCUCCCACGCUAUGAACAUUGUAGUAGGGGCUAAAGAGGACCGGCAUCUUCUAACGGGUCUCCAUACCGUGGCUGAUAUAUCUUGUGCUGACUGUAAUGAACCAUUGGGUUGGAAGUACGAGCGAGCAUAUGAGACCUCACAAAAGUACAAGGAAGGCAAGUUCAUCUUCGAAAAGGCUAAGAUUGUCAAGGAAGAUUGGUAGCUGAGGGAACAUGUUUGAAUUCAUUAUUGGACUGGCUCAAAAACUGUACAUAGAUAAACGUUGGCCUUGUCAAUUCCGAUCUUGAGGGAUUUCACAAGUCAUCUAUCAGCCAUUUUUCCAGUUCUUCAUUGCCGUAAUAAUUAUGUAUCUCGUGUUCAAACUUUGGAUUUAUGCGUCUCUGUCAAUAAAGAUGUUAAUAGUUUCUCUUGUGUUUUUA